GGCGGGGCUGUGAGGAGCAGCCAGGGGGAGGCGGCGGCGGCGGCGGCGGCUGGUCGGUGAGCAGCGGGAAGACCGGAGCCGGGCGGAGCACCUGCAGCGCGGGCGGCGGCUUCACCAUGGCGAUUCGCAGGAAGAGCACCAAGAGCCCCCCGAUCCUGAGCCACGAAUUCAUCCUGCAGAAUCACGCGGACAUCGUCUCCUGUGUGGCGAUGGUCUUCCUGCUGGGGCUCAUGUUCGAGAUAUCAGCAAAAGUUGCUAUCAUUUUUGUUACUCUUCAGUACAAUGUUACCCUCCCUGCAACAGAAGAACAAGCUACUGAAUCAGCAUCUUUUUAUUACUAUGGUAUCAAAGAUUUGGCUACAAUUUUCUUCUACAUGCUAGUGGCGAUAAUUGUUCAUGCCAUAAUUCAAGAGUAUGUGUUGGAUAAAAUUAACAGGCGAAUGCACUUCUCCAAAACGAAACACAGCAAGUUUAAUGAAUCUGGUCAGCUUAGUGCAUUCUACCUCUUUUCUUGUAUUUGGGGCACAUUCAUUCUAGUAUCUGAAAACUACAUCUCAGACCCAACUAUCUUGUGGAGGUCUUAUCCCCCUAACCUGAUGACAUUUCAGGUGAAGUUUUUCUACAUAUUACAGUUGGCUUACUGGUUUCAUGCUUUUCCUGAGCUCUACUUCCAGAAAACCAAAAAAGAGGAUAUUCCUCGGCAGCUUGUCUACAUAGGUCUUUACCUCUUUCACAUCGCCGGAGCUUAUCUUUUGAACUUGAAUCAUCUAGGACUUGUUCUUUUGGUGCCACAUUAUUUUGUGGAAUUUCUUUUCCACAUUUCCCGCCUGUUUUAUUUCACUGAUGAAAAGUAUCAGAAAGGCUUUUCUCUGUGGGCAGUUCUGUUUGUUUUGGGAAGACUUCUGACUUUAAUUCUUUCAGUACUCACUGUUGGCUUUGGCCUUGCAAGAGCAGAGAACCAGAAGCUGGAUUUCAGUACUGGAAACUUCAAUGUGCUGGGCGUAAGAAUUGCUGUUCUGGCAUCGAUUUGCAUUACCCAAGCAUUCAUGAUGUGGAAGUUCAUUAAUUUUCAGCUUCGCAGGUGGAGAGAACAUUCUGCUUUUCAGGCACCAACUGUGAAGAAGAAGCCAACAGUGACAAAGGGCAGAUCUAGAAAAGGAACAGAAAAUGGUGUAAAUGGAACAGUAACUUCAAAUGGAGCAGACUCUCCUCGUAAUAGAAAAGAGAAAUCUUCAUAAUGAAUUAUAUAAUCCAAUUGAUUAAUGUCCCCAAAGAAAUCUCCUUUGUACUAUAUCUUUCAGCACUAGAGAUUUUUUUUUCCUGUUCUUAAAAAUGCAGUUUGUGCUCUUUGAUUCUU